AUGGACCACAACCACAACCUGCCGAGUGAGCGGAACCCCAUGUCUAAACCACAGGUCUAUGUACACCUCGAGUUCGGCCUGUCGUGGUCGCAGCGGCACUCGCCGCGGACUCACACGGUCACUUACACGUCGCGCAACCUACGAGACUCUCGCGCCAGCCGCAGCUUUCCCCGGCAACUACCGCCGCCGAACACCAAUUUCUUGACUGUGGACAACCGUCAACAGCGACCGGGGGAACAGCGUGACCAGGUUGACCGCUAUCACCAGCAACAGCAACAAUAUCACCACCAUCAGUCGCGACUCCAACAGCCGCAAGCUCAACACGAGAGGGACUACGAGCGGCCACGGGACCAAGGGCGGGCGUCGCGUCCGCGUCCAGGCCAUGAGCAGGAGCACGGACAUGAGCGAAGGGAGUCAAGGAGCGAAUCACGGGGGCUCUCACACGAGAGGGGAAAGUCGGCGCCGCCACCAUUCCACGGGAGCCCCUGGGAUACCGAACCGGGGCCGUCGGCAUCUCUAUUUCCGUCCGGGCCACAGACGAGCCUAGAACAGCCGAGUUUAUGGAAGCCAUUGCCUGCAGCGCCCAGCAGAUUUCGCCUGGGGGAGGAUGGGCUGCCUUGGUCUGCUUGGGCAUGGCCUGCUGACCCUCAUGCCCCAUCUCAGAGCGAGGAGGGCGACGACGACGAACCGCCUUACGCAAAUCAGCCAACAACGGUGCGGAUCUCACCAGAGCGACGCCGCCACGAUGAUCCGGAGAGGACACGGGAGCUCGAGUCGCUGUCAGCUGCUAUGAUGACGGUCGACAACGGCUUUGAGAACCAGUGGUGGUUCCAGGGGCCAAAAGAGUCCAUGAGUUGGUGGCCUAGGGACCAGGAAGAGCCCUCAAGAUUGAGUAUGGCUGAUGCGAUGUUGCUGUCUGCCGCAGAGCCGCCCGCGACUGCUCCUCCACAUGGCUGGUACGCCCCGACCAUUGACGACCGGUCUUCGUAUCUAGGCGACCUUGUCUCGCCAAUCUCAAAUACGUCGGGCAGCCCUUCGCGGCCUCUGCAGAGGUCGAUGACAACCCGAUCCGAGGAGCUUUUCCUUACUAGCCCCCGGUGA